UACAAUCACGGCUAUUAUUUAAUCAGGGGAUAUUUAACAAACACACUUCAGUCUUCAAUGUCGGUCACUUGAUCUAUUCUCGCAUUAAUACCAACCUGAUUUCCUGAUCCCAGUUUGGAUUCUUAGCUCGAUAGCUCAUCGUAGUUAAGCGGCAAUUCAAUCCCAAAGCCUUGGAUUUCACUGUGGAGCUCAGAGCAAAGCGAGCGUUGGCGAAGAAAAUGAAGCUGAAUUGGAAGCAGUGGCUUCGAAGCAAGCAAAAUCAUAUGCUGGUGAAGCUGGUGGUUGCCAUUCUGCUGAUGGGUCUUGCUUUUCGUCUCGUUUUCUUUCGGUCCACACGGCUUUCUCCAGUCUUAGAACAAACCCCUUUUGCCGAGAAGACUGUGGUUCCAGAAGAAACCCCUUUUGCCGAGAAGAAUGUGCUUCCAGAAGAAACCCCUUCUUCCGAGAAAACUGUGCUUCCAGAAGAAAACCCCAUUGCCGAGAAGACUCUGCUUCCAAAGUCACCUGUUGUUCCAACACCUGUUUCUGUGCCAGUUCAAGAAAGUGGAGAUCAGGUACCUCCCAGAGGAAAAUGUGAUCUUUUUACUGGGGAUUGGAUACCAAACCCAUCAGGUCCUAUUUACACUAAUCAGAGCUGCUCGUUCAUUGAAAGUCAUCAGAAUUGUAUGAAUAAUGGGCGGCCAGAUACAGGGUACCUAUACUGGAGGUGGAAUCCAAGAGAUUGUGACUUACCGCCUUUUGAUCCACAGAGAUUUCUUGAGAUUAUGAGGAACAAAAGAUGGGCACUAAUUGGUGAUUCAAUAUCACGCAACCAUGUGCAGUCAUUGCUUUGCAUGCUAUCGACGGUGGAACAAGCUGUUCAAGUUUACCAUGAUGAAGACUAUAGGUCCAAAGGAUGGCACUUUCCCUCGUACAACUUCACUAUCUCAGUUCUCUGGUCCCCUUUCCUUGUAAAAGCUGAUAUUUUUGAGGACUUCAAUGGUGUUUCAACAUCUGAAGUUGAGCUGCAUCUUGAUGAACUUGACAAGAAAUGGACAGAUCUAUAUCAGAACUUGGACUACAUGAUAUUUUCAACUGGGAAAUGGUUUCUCAAAUCUUCAGUCUAUCAUGAGAACAACACUGUUGUGGGCUGCCAUUACUGUCCUAAAAGGAAUUUGACACAGUUGGGGUUUGUUUUUGCUUAUCCCAAAGCACUCCGAUCUGUACUAAACUUCAUAGCAACGUCGAAUCACAAGGGCAUGAUAUUUUUCAGGACAUCCACACCAGAUCACUUCGAGAAUGGGGAGUGGUCUAGUGGAGGUAUUUGCCCCAAAACAGCACCAGUCAAAGAAGGUGAGAUUGAAUUGAAGGACUUGAACAAGCUUCUGCGUAACAUAGAACUAGAGGAGUUUGAGAAGGCGGCACCGGAAGCUUCCAGAAAUGGGGUUAAACUUAAACUUUUUGACCCGACAUUGCUUUCAUUGUUGCGGCCUGAUGGGCAUCCAGGUUCAUAUAGAGAGUUCCAUCCCUUUGCACAGGACAAAAAUGCAAAAGUUCAGACUGACUGUUUGCAUUGGUGCCUACCUGGGCCAAUAGACUCUUGGAAUGAUUUGAUAAUGGAGAUGGUGGUAAAUGGCUAGGAAUUCAACCAAAUUAAGUUUUGAUGGAUGAAACCUAUGUUCUCCAUUUCAGGAUAUGAGAAAAUAUUCAAUGCAAGAAAAUUAUUCAUGCUGGAGAUGUAGGCAAAUGGUAGAUUCCCACCACUUCUAUUGCAGUAUUCUAUGCUUCCCUUUUCAGGUAUACCUGUGCUGAGUUUCCCUCGGUUAUUUGUUUUGUGUCCACUGGCCUGUCUGGGAAUUUAUCUUCUAUGCAAAAAGUGUAUGGCAUUGCAGAAAGGAAGACAGGGUUAAUUGUAUAAUCUCUGUUUCUAACUAUAAUUUAUUUUAUAAUCACAAAUUCAAAAGUAAACUCUGAUUGCAUCUAAAGUUGAGAGCUCCAUAUCAAUACGAGGAACAGAAAAAGAAUGCAUAUUUCUACUAUAAUGGGUGGCUGCUAAUUCCAUUCAGAAGGAUCAUAGUUAGCCAUUG